AUGGGGGAGGCAGGGCAGCCUGAAGCCGCGCAGAAAGGUGUCAUGGGCUCGACCCUAUUCUGGCUGACUGUCAACACGCUGGCGACAGUUGCUAUCGUCUUCACCAACAAAGCCAUCUUUUCGGAUCCAUCGCUUAAGCUUGUCCAGCUGUCCUUUGCCGCCUUUCACUUCUUCAUCACGUGGCUGACGCUCUUCGCCCUCUCCCGACCUCAGUUGGCAUAUUUCACGCCACGGAAAGCGAGCAUCCGGGACAUGAUUCCGCUCUCGGUCGCCAUGGGCCUCAACGUUGUUCUCCCAAACUUGUCGCUGGCAUACUCCAGCGUGACCUUUUAUCAGGUUGCCAGGAUUCUCCUGACACCUGUCGUGGCGAUCAUGAAUUAUGUUCUCUAUCAGUCGACACUGCCACGCAAGGCCAUCAUUGCACUAGUCCCAGCCUGUACUGGUGUCGGUAUCGUGUCGUACUAUGAUUCCUUGCCGACUGACGACAGCAGUGUCAAGGCCACCACGGGGCUUGGUGUAAUUUUUGCUGUUUGCGGCAUCUUCGCCUCGUCGCUGUACACGGUCUGGAUUGCAAGCUACCACCGAAAGCUUCAGAUGAACAGCAUGCAGCUCUUGUUCAACCAAGCCCCUGUUUCCACCGUGCUGCUGCUCUACGUCAUUCCGUUUGUUGAUGUAUUCCCUGAGUGGAAAGAGCUGCCCGUCAAUCGAUGGGCUCUCAUCGCAAUGUCGGGCAUCUUUGCCUCUCUAAUUAACAUCUCCCAAUUCUACAUUGUCGCCAAGACGGGCCCAGUGUCCAGCACUGUUGUUGGUCACGUCAAGACUUGCACCAUCGUGGCUCUGGGCUGGAUGACCUCGGGUCGCUCCGUCGGGGACAAGUCCGUCAUUGGCAUCUUUAUGGCGCUGGGCGGUAUUAUCCAUUACUCCGUCGUCAUGCUUCGCCACAAGGCACGCGAGGCGAAAUAG